AGUAUAAUGGGAGCGCAAGCAACCCAGAGCGCCUCAUAGGGGGCUGCAUAUCGCUGCUGUAUCCUCUGCUCGGCGCUCUCCGGCUCCUCACCAAGCCUCUCCAGCUCAUCUCCCACAGCCCAUGCUUUGGGGCUCUCUCUCUCAGCCCCCUCCCCACUGGAUCCGUACCCUUCGACAUGGAUGUCCCGCCGUCCCUCGACCCGGAGGAUUGUUGUUUCUUGGCGCAGUGAAGGAGGAGAAGGAGACGGUGGAAGGGAUCAUGCCGGGACUGCUAAUGGAUUUAGGGAGAGCGCAAGUGACCAUGCCGUGAUCUUGCGCAUCCAGGGCCGCCGUCACCCUGCCUUGCCCAGCGACCGGAGAAGAAUUACGGGGGAAUCGAACCCGCGCACCGGGGGGGUUUAAACCACUGUGCAUUCUUUUUUUUUUCCACAACAACAUGAAGAUUACCUCCCAUCAUCUGAUGAUAACCAGUCUCGUUUUCAGGUCCAACCUCAGGCUGAUCCCGCUUCUGCUGCUGCUGCUUCUUGGAUACACUCGCGGGAUGCCACACGUUUUGAGAUUCGGAGGAAUAUUUGAAUCCAUUGAGAGCGGCCCCUCCGGAGCAGAGGAACUAGCCUUUAAAUUUGCCUUGAACACAAUCAACAGGAACCGCACCUUGCUCCCCAACACCACGCUGACCUAUGACAUCCAGAGAAUCAACAUCUUCGACAGCUUUGAGGCCUCCAGGAAAGCAUGUGACCAGCUCUCCCUCGGGGUGGCGGCCAUUUUUGGCCCCUCGCACAGCUCGUCGGCCAAUGCAGUCCAAUCCAUCUGCAAUGCUCUGGGAGUGCCCCACGUCCAGACCAAGUGGAAGCACCAGGUGUCGGACAACAGGGACUCGUACUACGUCAGCCUGUACCCCGACUUCUCGUCCCUCAGCAGAGCCAUCCUGGACCUGGUGCACUUCUUCAAGUGGAGGACGGUCACUGUUGUCUAUGACGACAGCACAGGUACAGGUCUCAUUCGACUGCAGGAGCUGAUCAAGGCGCCGUCACGAUACAACAUUCGUUUGAAGAUCCGACAGCUGCCCACCGAGACCAAGGACGCCAAGCCACUUCUGAAGGAGAUGAAGAAAGCAAAGGAGUUCCACGUCAUCUUUGAUUGUGGCCAUGAGAUGGCUGCCUGGAUCCUAAAGCAGGCCCUCGCCAUGGGUAUGAUGACAGAGUACUACCAUUAUAUUUUUACUACCCUGGACCUUUACGCCCUGGACAUGGAGCCGUAUCGUUUCAGCGGCGUCAACAUGACGGGGUUCCGCAUCCUCAACACGGAGAGUUCUCAGGUGACGUCAAUCAUCGAGAAGUGGUCAAUGGAGCGGCUACAAGCCCCGCCCAAACCGGACUCGGGCCUGCUGGAUGGAUUCAUGACGACGGACGCGGCGCUGAUGUACGAUGCCGUGCAUGUGGUGGCGGUGGCGGUGCAGCAGUCGCAGCAGAUCACCGUCAGCUCUCUGCAGUGCAAUCGCCACAAGCCGUGGCGCUUCGGCGGGCGUUUCAUCAACCUCAUCAAAGAGGCUCACUGGGACGGUUUGACGGGACGUGUUCUCUUCAACAAGACCAAUGGGCUGAGAACAGAUUUCGACCUGGACGUGGUCAGUCUGAAGGAGGAAGGGCUGGAAAAGAUUGGAACGUGGGAUCCUCCCAGUGGCCUGAAUAUGACAGAAAGUCACAGGAGCAGGACGUCCAACAUCACCGACUCUCUGGCUAACAAAUCCCUGCGUGUAUCCACUAUACUGGAGGAGCCGUACGUGAUGUUUAAGAAGUCAGACAAGCCUCUGUAUGGGAACGACCGUUUCGAGGGCUACUGCAUCGACCUGCUGAGGGAGCUCUCCACCAUCCUGGGUUUCCGCUAUGAGCUGCGAUUGGUGGAGGAUGGGAAGUUCGGCGCACUUGAUGAGAGCACGGGCCAGUGGAACGGCAUGGUGCGGGAGCUCAUUGACCACAAAGUCGACCUGGCAGUGGCUCCUCUGGCCAUCACCUACGUCAGAGAGAAGGUCAUCGACUUCUCCAAGCCCUACAUGACGCUGGGGAUAAGUAUCCUGUACCGCAAGCCCAACGGCACCAACCCCGGGGUCUUUUCCUUCCUCAACCCCCUCUCACCCGAUAUCUGGAUGUAUAUUCUGCUGGCUUGCUUGGGUGUCAGUUGUGUGCUGUUUGUCAUAGCCAGGUUUAGCCCUUACGAGUGGUACAACCCGCACCCGUGCAACCCCGACUCAGAUGUAGUGGAAAACAAUUUUACGCUGCUCAAUAGUUUCUGGUUUGGAGUUGGGGCUCUCAUGCAGCAAGGAUCAGAGCUCAUGCCCAAGGCCCUUUCGACUCGAAUAGUGGGAGGCAUCUGGUGGUUCUUCACCCUCAUCAUCAUUUCCUCGUACACGGCCAACCUGGCGGCCUUCCUCACCGUGGAGAGGAUGGAGUCGCCCAUCGACUCGGCCGAUGACCUGGCCAAACAAACUAAAAUCCUGUACGGCGUGGUGGAGGACGGCGCCACGAUGACCUUCUUUAAGAAGACGAAAAUCUCCACCUACGACAAGAUGUGGGAGUUCAUGAACAGCCGGAGACAGUCCGUGGUGGUGAAGGACGUGGAGGAGGGAAUCCAACGUGCCCUGACCUCGGACUACGCCUUCCUCAUGGAGUCCACCACCAUCGAGUUUGUCACGCAGCGCAACUGCAACCUCACGCAGAUCGGGGGCCUCAUAGACUCCAAGGCCUACGGAGUGGGCGCGCCGAUGGGCUCUCCAUACAGAGACAAGAUCACUAUAGCCAUUUUGCAGCUGCAGGAGGAAGGGAAGCUGCACAUGAUGAAGGAGAAGUGGUGGAGGGGGAACGGCUGUCCUGAAGAGGAGAGCAAAGAGGCCAGCGCUCUGGGGGUGCAGAACAUCGGCGGGAUCUUCAUCGUGCUGGCUGCGGGACUGGUGCUGUCAGUGUUCGUGGCUGUGGGGGAGGUCCUCUACAAGUCUAAACAGAACGCACAGCUGGAGAAGCGGUCAUUCUGCAGCGCCAUGAUGGACGAGCUACGCGUGUCUCUGAAGUGCCAACGCCGGCUCAAACAAAAGCCUCAGCCCCCCGCCAUCGUUAAGACCGAGGAGGUCAUUAACAUGCACACGUUCAACGACAGGAGACUCCCGGGAAAGGAAACCAUGGCGUGAAGCGCGGAACGCACCCCGAAACACCCCCUCCAAGUAAAACCAACAAGAGGACAGGGGGACACUGGGAGACAUUAAUGCUGACUUAACCCCAAACUGAAGUUAGCAGUCCAAAAAAACAGGAUUCCUUUUGAACCCACUCGCUUAUGUAGACGGAUGUUUCCUGUGGAAAUAUAGAUACCUGAGCAGUGUCACCUCACUGUGACGUUCACUACUUUGAAGGGAGCUGGAAAAGGAAGGACUCGUGGGGGUUUGUUGUGCUGAUGACGUGUGUAAAAUUGAAACGAUCCAAGUAGGGUUUGGGAUAAAAAAAAAACAUAAGUGUGAACACACACACACACACGUAACACAUGUAUGCACACACAUAUGCACACACACUCAUCUGACACCUGUGCAGAAGGGGAAAGUCUAUUGUGAGAGUAACACCAGAUGUAGUUUUUUCUGUUGAUGUCAAUGCCCUUUUGUCUUACCUCCAUGUGUGUGUGUGUGACCCCCCCCCCCUUCCGUUCCCUCCCUUCAGUGGCUUGAGUUCCUUUCUAAUGAUUUGAGCAAAACGCUAAUCUCACACCAACAGCGGGAGCGGUAGACUGACCCAAGCAGGUUUACUGACGUGAGACUGAUGUAUAAAAGUGAUGUUUAGUUCGGAUUCAUCUACGCUGACCUUGUUGAACACCCAUCGUUUUCUUCUGUAACGCCUUUCUCGUGCCAAAGGUCCGCCAUCGUAUAAGAACUUCCCAUCACGCCUUCUAUGUUUCGAAGCCUCCAAAAGCAAACGUACACUGUCAAAGUCCUCAUCCAUGUCCAUCCUUCACGCGCGGUCUGCAGCUCUCACUCUGUAUCGGUUGUUGUUUAAAAUGCAGUAUUUCUACAAAAAAUGUUUGUUUUUUUUGUACAAGAACAAGAAGUUUUGUAGUACUUUGUAUCAUGGUAGCCCCUCCCGUGGAUAAAAUAUGUAGCAGAUACCAACUCAGCCCUCAAACUCCGACAACAGGCGGCAGCGGCUGCGCGGCUCCAAAACUCUGCUGUGUAGGGUUCAUCUCUGUCUCUCAUCGCUCAGAGAGUCAGUCUUUUUCUUUCCGUCGGCCUCGUGGGGCCAGCGAUUACAGUGUCUGGGGACAAUGUGGUGGAUUUUGGCGGGUGUGUAAGAACAAUGAGACUGUAAACGAAGGUGGUGACUCAUCCUACAAAUUGCAACUGUCAGCACAGUCCGCACCGAGCGGUUAGCGCGGCUAACUGACAACUAGCUGUGGUGAGUCAUAGUAAAAUAUGCGAGUUUAGCUUGUAGAUACCAGGCGAUGAUGUUGCUAUCACGCUGCGUUUUAGCCUCAGGAAACUGAAAAAAAAAAAAAAAAUCAGAUUUAAUCAGAUUUUCUUUUUUUUGUAUCAAGUCUUACUUUUUUAGAUUAGUGAAUAUAAUAUAAUAAUAAAAAAUAUGAUAAUACAACACACUGUUCCCUAUACUGGGUUUUCUGAGGUCAUUGCUGAUGAUAUAUCAGCCAACAGUAUUUUUUAAAUGUAAAUGGCUCCUCUCGUCACGUCCCACUCCUCCACAGAAUCUCAUGAAAACUAUUUGAGUAUUAUUUUUGCUAAAUCCUGCUAAAUAACAAACAAUCAAAUACAUUUGAUAUGGAUUCAUACAAACCAGGACAUGUAACUGUAAAAGCAAAUCAACUUGUAGACGUUCUUUGGGGAAAACAAACAUUGUCUAAACUACUUAAGACUUUUAUUGCAGUUUCUUGUCACUUAUCAACUGAUAUAUACGUCCAUUCCAAAGUAUCUGCUCUAAAUUAAGAUUCGCCUGACCACAUUAUCAGAGAAGCUCUACAAAUAAUUGAUUAUAAUGAUAAGAGUGUGCUGUUCAGUUUGGAUAAGGCCAUCAAAUUCAAAUUUCUGCAUCACUAUCUACAGUUUAAGACAAAAGACUGUUGGCUCGACUUGAAUAAAGAAAAAGUUAAAAAAAAUGAAAAGAUGGGUUUAAAUAAUCUCAUAUUUUUCACUUAUCUCAGAAACAUUUCCUUUAGGACUCGAUGAUGGACAGAAAUGACGUGAGAAGAUGUUGAUAUUUACACCACAUGGUCUGUUUAGGGGCUCUCCUGGAGCUUUCUGUCGUUUCAGAUGGUCAUCAUCAGGAGACGUAGCUCAGUUAUCAUUCUCCAUUUGAGACGUGUUAUGCUUUUUUCAGUGUUAUAGGUUUUCUGUGUAUUUAUAAAAGUCUGUCCGACAGAGGCUGAAAUUAAAAUUGAAAUUAUGAACCUGAAUAUGAGCAUAAUUUGUCUCCUUUAAGCCAACGUGAGAUGAGAACUCUGAACAUUGGCUGAUGAAGAUCAUGUCAUAGGACCAGCAGCUCCAGUUUGGCCACUUAACGAACCCUGUGGUGAUAUUGUUUUUGUUUUUUUUCAACUGCUGAUUCUAAGCUCAAGAAGGAAUUUAUAAGCUACUUGUCGAUGUGUGAAACAUUAGGCUGCAGAUGUGGGAAUAAAGGCCAGCGACGAGGCACUUUGCUGUUUGUUACCGUGUAUCUCGCCUCCGCUCUUACGCGAGCCGCCAAGUCACUCAUGUUAUGAUGUUAUGAUGAUGUUAUGAUGAUGAUGAUGAUGAUGAUGAGGGUGGCAGCGGCGUGGGGGCGGAGCAGAUCAUUUAUCCACUAAUUGUCUCCAAACGUGUUUUCUCUUCCCAAUCACACGUGGCCCCGCUGCACCUCAUGUCUGACGCUGUUCCAUGUUGAGAAAUGACAAGCAUACUCGGUAGGUCACGGCAUCACUGCCCCUGUCGUCUCAUUCUACCCAUUUAAUCAUUUGAUCUGUUGUUCCACAGAUUCCAAAAAAGUAAAAGAAUAAAACACGAUGCCAUCUCAGCUGUUCAUGGAUGGAUAUAGUUAAUGACUUAUUUCAUUUGCACAUUAUGAAGAUUGACAGAGGAGAUGUACGCCUGGAACCCGAUGGCGUUCUUACCAGUGUGGCUUGUCAUUUUCCACCCAUCGCUAUAAGCUGAACCGAUCGAGUACCCAGAAAAUUUAUUAGGGAACGACUACAAAGGCUUUGCUGUCCUGUCGAAAAACAAAAAAUGAGCUCAUGGAAUUUGACAUUGAUGCAAGGUUUUACAAAUAAUGUCAUUAAAAAAAUGUCAUAAUUGUA